AUGCCAGCAUUGGUCAAUGUCUGCGCCAAAGGAGUCGCCAAAGCCGGCAAAUCAGUCUUCAAUUUCAAGGGGAAAGACUACGAAGUCAAAGUCGACAAGCCUCUUACAAGCAAGGUCGACCGGCCGGCAUCCAGUUCACCGACCAAAGCUUCUGACAGGCCAAAGACUUGCAGGACGAAGAGGCUGGCAGCCAGAGACUUGAGACCUCGCACUGAGUGGUUGACAAAUACAUAUGACCCGCCCGGUGUAAGAGUCACCCACAAAGUAUGCAAUGGCGCGAGAGCAAAGCAGGCCUGCUACAACUACAGCUCCAUCAUCAACCGGCGACCUGAUCUCGCGCGUCUGACCUGCCCGUCUUUCAAGCACCCUCGCCCAGCACGACCCCAAGUCGACGAAUACAACCAACAGCACAACACCCACUGGAGCAGCGGCUGGCUUCGUUCUGCAGACCUCGAAUGCCAACGCGACGAAUAUCCCGGCGCUGCAAUCUGGCAAGCCCGCGACGACAGUGUCUGGAUUCGCCUCAUUCCCCGUGCGGACAACGCCGCAGCAGCUCAUCUCUUCGCGGGCUGUCCCGAUGCAGAAGAAGAAGAAUUCGUCAGAGAAAGAUCCAUCACCACGACCGUCCUAGCCUGCGGCAGCACCCGCGACGUCUGGCAAAAAACCUAUCGUAAAAUGGAAGUAGUGAUGAGCAUCAACUUUAAUAACAUGCAAAACAUGCCUCCUGAUUUUGGCAUGACAGCCAAUCUAUGCUGGCCCGAGACACUGGUAAACGACCCAGGCUUCGCCCUUUUGACAGACGACCCCUGGUACGCCCGCGGCAACAAUAGAGGCCAGUUCACGCAGUACUAUAAUCAGGCACCGUUGGCGCAGUUUACAAAUGGGAAGGUCAAUCAGCCCACCUGGGGCUGGACGAAACCGAGGGCAAACAACGUCGGUGGUGGUGGUGGUGGAAACAACGGCGGUGGUGGAAAUAACACUCCAGACCCAGACUCAGAUGACGACAUGCCCGAUGCACCAAGCGACGACGAAGACAAUGACCCCACGUUCCCUGGUGGCCGCAGUGCAUUAGACGAUCUAGACAAAUUCAAGCGGUCGCCGAAUGAGCUUGUUAUCCACGAAGGGAAUUCGACGAGGAAACCGACCGAGGAGGAGUUGUUUGGCGAGUUGGGCCUGUUGAAGUGCGAGGAGAGGUAUUGUCAGAGGGAGAUGGAGGAACUGGGGUUUGCGUCGUUGCCGGUUGUGCAGGAGACGCAAGAGGCGCCGGUGGCGGUGCGGGCGGAGGCUACGCCGACGGAUGGGAGUGCGGUGGUUGAGGCAAAGGCCACGCCGGUGAGAGUGCAGGAGGCGGAUGUGUCGGUUAUUACGCCUGCGCCUAGACAUCCGCAUUAUCGGUAUGAGUAA